UGUUUAAAGGACACCCUAAAAUAACACAAUGGCUAAUACGAUACAAGUAAAUAAUAAUAAUAAAUAAAUAAAUAAGAUCUAAAGAUGGCCUCAUUCUGGAAGUUAUAUUUGGCCCAUCACUUUUGCAAUUUUGUAUGGCCUUUCAAUCCCUUUUCAUUCUUAGCGAAAACUCAUGAAAGUACCAUCUUGAUCCUAGUAACUAAUAUAUCUCGAAAGGUAACAUCAUCAUCUUCUUCAUACACCCCAUUGCUGGGAUCCAUUUGGCUGCACCUUCGAUCAUAAAGCCUAUGAAUAAUAUGAUAAUGACAAAAUUUUGAUGACUUAAUAAUUACUCCCUUGUUUUUCCAAACAAUGCGGCAUCCUUAAUGUUAAACUUGAUAUCUUUAUUUGAGUAAGCUUACAAGAUCAAAGUAAUGAUAUGAUGUUUGGCAAUUCAGAUGCAAGUUAUAAAGGAGGUGGUAAGUCUUAAGCUAUUGAGAAGGUGGAUUUGAUUUAGAAGGCAGAGAGGUGUUGAAAGAAGUAGUAAGAGGCAGAGGAAGAUGAUGCGUGUUUGGGAAGACGGUGAAGUAAGCGGAGAAGAAGUGGAAGCGGUUAAAGGGCUUCGGAGAGCACUGAUAGAGGAAGGUCUUUUGCCUUCAAAACACGAUGACGAGCACAUGAUGCUGAGAUUCCUUCGAGCGAGGAAGCUGGAUGUGGAGAAAACAAAGCAGAUGUGGGCGAACAUGCUUGAAUGGAGGAGGGAGUUCGGAGUAGAGAGCAUAAUGGAGGAUUUCAAGUUCAAUGAGAUACAUGAGGUUCUCAAACACUAUCCGCAGGGGCACCAUGGAGUUGACAAGGAUGGAAGACCGGUGUACAUAGAGAGAGUGGGUCAGGUUGACUCCAACAAGCUUAUGCAGGUCACGACUCUUGACCGUUACAUCAGGUAUCAGGUGAAGGAGUUCGAGAGGGCCAACCAUCUCAAAUUCCCUGCUUGCUCUGUUGCUGCCGGAAAGCACAUUGGGCAGAGCACUGUGAUCUUGGAUGUUCAAGACGUGGGGCUUAAGAACAUGAACAAAGCUGCUAGGGACCUCAUCAAUCGCCUCCAGAAGAUCACUGCUGACUACUAUCCUGAGACUUUGCAUCGUAUGUUCAUCAUCAAUGCUGGUCCUGGUUUCCGGAUCUUGUGGAACACUGUUAAGACCUUCCUCGAUCCUAAAACCGCCUCCAAAAUCCACGUCUUCGGUAACAACUACCAGAGCAAGUUGCUUGAAAUCAUUGAUGCCAGUGAACUUCCAGAAUUCUUCGGUGGUACUUGCACAUGUGCAGAUAAAGGUGGCUGUAUGCUUUCCGACAAGGGACCUUGGAAUGACCCAGAUAUACUCUGCAAGGUACGCCCUACGUAUGUACGUGCAUGCAUGCAUCACCAUUGUUAGAGAUAAAUAAGUAAUUAAUUGAGUGAGUUUGCUCGAUUAGAUGUAUGACAAUGAGGAGGAGAACAGUAGCUAGCUAGCUAGGAUUGAGGAGGAAACAAUAUACAGAUGAAACAGCAACAUUCCAAGUGAUGCAUGAGGAUGAGAGGCACACUUGAAGUUGAAGGAGAAAGCAGAGAUGGAUGAGAGGCAUUGGAUCGAUCUAUCAAAGGAGACAAAUUAAAAGGAUGGCCAAUCACUCCAUGCCCUAAUUAAAUGAAAAACGAAUCAAUCAUGGUUGAGCGACACACACUUCAACUUGAUUAUUAAAGAGAACGAAGCCAAUCAGAGAGAUAUACCAACAAGCUAAGGAAGCUAUCUACACCACGCCAGCCCCACCACACCAAAUUAUAUUAUAUGGAUCGGAUAUAUUGGAGUAGUUUUCAGAGACAAGCUUAGCUUAUUAGCAUCCUCCCAUUCUCGUUCAAUUCAUCUCAUAUAAUUUCUCCCCUUUAUGCAUAUAUUAAUUAUUUUCUAUUAGCAAAAUAACCAUGUAAAGUUUGUAUUCAUAAGAAUUACCUCUUUUUUAUGGAA